AUGACUAGGCAGACGACAAUGCCUCAGAUAUUCAUAUGUGGACGUUUCGUCGGAGGAUGUACCGAUCUAGAAAAACUGCGAGAGUCGCGAAAGCUUUACGAGGCUGUUCUCGAAUGCACCGCAGAGAAUAGUCAGUCUGAUUAA